AUGGAUCCGGCAAUUUUGCACAGCCCUGCCAGAAUAACGCGGCGAAAAGCUAGGAAAGAAAAGGAGGAAACUGAUUACAUAUACAGCCAGAGAACGGUUAUCCCACUUGACAGCAAGUCACGAACUUCUCACUUGAGGCUCGAGCAUCAUACGAAGAUAUUCGCCUCCAUGUGUCCGGAUGAAAUUUUGGACCAUUAUGACAAUUAUCAGACUAGAAUGUACUAUACCACCUUAAUGCUUGGCGACGUGUCAGGUUUCACGGAUCUCGCGGAAAAGUACACAAAAGCUGGAAGAGGUGGCCCGUCGAAAUUAACUGAAACUCUAAACAGUUACAUCGGUGCAAUGGUGCAAGAGAUACUUUCUCACAAUGGGGACGUGUUGAAAUUUUCUGGGGAUGCUUUUAUAGUGAUGUGGAAGCUCCACGAAGGAAUGAUGAUGAGAGACUUGGCUAUAGAAGCGAUGCAGACCGCUUGUAUCAUUCAGAAACACUUCGGGACAUACAACACCGAGGUUGGAGUGACUUUAAAGGUAAAGUUAGCCAUUGCUUCUGGAAGAACGUAUUUCACCUCCAUUGGAGAUCCAGACUCCAUGUCUCACUACAUAAUCACUGGGAAACCAGUGUGGGACGUGAAAUACGCCGAACGCCUCUGUCGAGGUGGUGAUAUCUUGGUAGCACCCAGUAGCUGGCAAUGGGUGAAUCCAAACGAAUACGUCCACGAAACGCUUCCAGAUGGAAUCCACACUCUCAUUAUAACUUGCACGAGUAUGUGGUACCAAUCCAGGGACGAUGACAUAAUAAUCAGUACCGAAGAUGAAGAUGACGAAUACUGGGGGGAUAUUAUGCAUGAGCGAACGUACUAUUCUAAGGUAGCAGUGGACAAAGAAUCCGAAAUAGCAGUGAUGAACAUGGCAGGUGACAGCUUCGACAGAGACACAUUCAAGCAAGUCGAUUACAGCUUGCGACCUAAAGUGAUCAAAAUAGCAAGAGCUCGUUUGAAAGGGGCUCUAAGGAGUUAUAUGUUGAGACCGGUGAUUCGAUCCAUAGAAAUGGACGAACCUUUGGAAUAUUUGACUGAGAUGAGACAAGUAGUGAUCCUUUUUAUCAACGUGAUCACGUUCAACGUAGGGAAGAAAACGUUAAUUGCAUUGGUGAACACUGCUUAUAAAUUAGUGUGCAAAAUCGUCGGUGGAAUGCAUGGGUGUGUGAACAAAACGUCCCUCUUCGACAAAGACCUAAUUUUCCUCUGCAUUUUCGGUCUACGCGGUGACAAACACGAGUUAGAGUCACAAAUUGGCUUGAGAUGUGCUUCGAAAGUUAGGUCGACCCUCGUAGCGAUGGAAAAUAUUAAAUCGGUGACUGUAGGAGUGACUACAGGAAUGACUUACUGUGGAGUUGUGGGACACAUUCUCAGGAGGGAGUACACUGUGAUUGGAAUGUCGGUGAAUAAAGCGGCGAGACUUAUGGUUGCGUAUAGAGACAAGGUGGUCUGUGAUCGAGAAAGUUUCCUCCAUUCUCAUCUAGAGGCGAGGCACUUUAUCUUACAAGAACCGAGAUAUUUAAAAGGAAUAACGAAUGUUGGGCCUGUAUACGAAUUCCAAGAGCAACCGAAAUACACAGUGUCGGAUUUAGUUUGGAAUAAAUACCCUUUGCUCGGUCGAGACGUCGAAAUGAAGGCGUUCAAAUCGAUGUUGAAGCAAUUGAUGGAGCAGUCUACCCUGAAAAAAUCCCAGCUUACUGAACGGCCAGAGUACAACACGAUGAUCAUAAAAGGCGAGCCAAGAAUUGGAAAAACGAGAUUACUGGACGAAUUCACGCAGAAUAUUCCAGCGGGAAUACGUUGUAAUUACAUCUCAUUGCAGAGCGAAGACUCCCAGGUCCCGUACAGUUUGGUACACUUAAUAUUCUCAAUGCCACUCGGUUUCACCCCCACGUCGUCUCGAAAAGAGCGCGAAGACAAGCUUCUUCUGCGUCUGGGCAAAGUGAAGCACUCGCACUUCCUCUGCGUUCUGAAUCAGCCGUUCAACGUGCAUUUCUCCAACAGUCAUCGAUACAAUUCGUUGAACGACAUAGAUAAGCAGAAGAUUUUACGGAAGUUCUUGUUGAAAUUGAUGAAAGGUUCGUUUGAAGAACUGUGGGUGAUUAUUAUCGACGACGCAGAGUACAGCGAUCAAGAGUCUUUGAAAAUUUUCGACGUUCUCACGAAGAGGGAUCUGGUAUUCUUCGUGUUGAGCGUCGGAAGGAAACUUGGCACGGAAUAUCAUAUCUAUUUCAAUCACUUGAAGAAGGGAAAGGUCUUCGAACUCACUGGAAUAGACAAAUGGUUCCACGCUGGUCUGGCCUGUCAAAUUCUUAAUGUAAAUGGUCUUCCUGCAGAGCUUGAAAAGUAA